AUGUCACAGGGUCAUUUGUCAUUAUAUAUACAUGUAUAUACUUUACCAUUAUUAUAUCCAAUAUGAUAUAUAGUGCAUUUCUUAUAAAUAUAUUCUUCCUUAUCCAUCCAUUCUUCAUCUCAUAUUUACUCCCAUAGCCUCAUUAUAUCAUUCAUCAUAUAUCAGACACUAACUAUAGUAACUGGUGACGGGCCUCAUUUUUUCGCUCAUGAUUUACCGCCACGCAUGCGCACGGCAGAUUUGAAUUACAGUUGUAGAGUGAAAACCUAACUCUUGUCUUUGUGUUGAUUAUUUAUUUAUUUUGCUGCCUCUGUGUGUUUUUACAGGUAAUUUACUUAUAUAUGUGUAUUGAUAUAUAUUCAUUCUUCAUUUUCUCAUUCAUCGUUUGUUUCAUGAUUUUGACGGUUUUGUAUAUUUAUGAAAUGCACUGAAGAUUUGAAUUACAGUUGUAGAGUGAAAACCUAACUUCUGUCUUUGUGUUGAUUAUUUAUUUAUUUUGCUGCCUCUGUGUGUUUUUACAGUCUCAACCACAAGAGAGAACUUAUAAAAACCCUUCGACGAAUAUAGAAGGUAACAAAUUGGUGGCCAGUGUGACUUUUGUGUUUUUGGGGCGAAGCCGUUGUGGACGAAUCGAGGUGUUUCCCUUGACGUCACAGGACUUCCUCAGAGCAGCCAAUCAACGCCAUAGCUAGCGCUACACAUUUUUCUGCUACGUCACUGCAUAUACACAUGGAAUUCCCUAAGUAGCAUGGAGUGAUUUGUUUUUAUUCGUUUAUUAUAUAGAUCGAUCUAACUCUUCAUUUAUUUGGAUUACAUUAAUUUUACCGGUUUAAUUCAACUAGAUAUCAUCAUAUUUAACGCGUCUUCAAAUAAUUAUAGUGCACUUUGUUUACAUCAGGAAUUAUCAUCGUUGGAAUUGAAAGUGAAAAACUGAGUGAAUUCAUUGAUUUUGUCAGCUGCCAUUCACAGUAACAGACACAGUAAAGCAUGUAGCAUUUCACAGCAAUUGGUAUUGGUGAGAUUAAUAUUAACAUAAAUAAUAUAUUCCCUUGAGCCCUAUAUCUUUGUAAACUUUGACUGAUAUUUACUAGUAUCUACAUAGUCAUACUGUAUUUUGUCCUUACACAGCCAGCUAUUUUUCCUUUUGGUAUUUUUGGCAUACUUUUACAUUUUGGCAUUAAUAGUUUUGCAUAGCAACAGCUGGUUUGUUUAAAAAAAAAAAAAAAAAAAAAAAAAAAGAAGUGGUCUGUCAAAAUUCAUUUAAUUUAACUGUAGGUUAUAGUAUUCAUAAAUAGUAUUUUUACAGCCCUGUGACAAUAUUGACAAAUUGACUUUGACGGUUGACUUUAUUAUUUUGUAAUGGAUAUUUUCUAUACCGGUUAGUACUUUAGGUGUUGAACAGGAAUGAGUUAGUUAAUGCUGUAGUGCAGAAGAUGGUCACAAGUUAUUUCACCAACAGCUAUGAAUAUAAAUCAGUGUGAAGAAUAUUUUAGUUUGAGCUAAAUAUUGUUCAAAUAAAUGAAAUUGUAAAUUGGUUUAAUUGAUUGAUACAAGUUACUGAAACCAGUGAUAGUUUAUAACUAGUAUAUGUUAUAAAUUAUUUAGUUUGAGAAGAUAUAUACUUGAAAGCAGAUCUUGUUUGAUAUUGAGUCAGAUAAGUGCUGCUAGCAAGACAGUUUGCGCGAAAUUUUGUGGAAGUUGUUUCAUGUUUUUGUCGAUGGAAGUAUUUUUAUUUGGAGCUGCUGGCGAAAUACUGUAAGGAAAGGUAUUGUGAAAUGUGAAAUGUUGUUAUAUUAAAGCAAAUAGAAACUGAAGUUGGUUUUGUGUUUUAUUUUGGUAAAUGUUGAUAUAGUUUUGACCUUGAGGAGAAGUUGUGCUACAGUGUUUAUCUAAAGGGUAAGGUAUACUAGUGGUGUCAAAAGUCUGUCGCCUAAUAGUUUUGAGCUGAAUUUGUUGUUGCACUUGUUUGUUAUACAGGUACUUUUAAAAACAGUUCUACCAGAUAGUGGAAAUUUCUUUUGAAAUUUAUUGAAAGUAUGGUGUACCAGUAGGAUCAAAAGAAUUUGAUUCUUGUUUGUUAUUGCAAUUGUUUUAUAUACAGUUACAAUACUUUAACCCGAGAUAGCGUUCUACCUGUAUAGUUGAUAUUUCUUUUCUUUUUUUUUAAAAAGAAAUAUAUAUGGUGUACUAGGGGAGACAUAACAUUUUUUUUGAAAUGUAAAGUAACUACACCUAGUACUUGGUAUUAAAAGUAUAUAACUUUUAAGAGGUAUUUGUUUGAAAUAUCAUUUUUGUACAUUGUAAAGAAGUGAUAUUAUUUAAUUGAAUUGUGUGAUUUUUAUUUUUGCACAAUUCUACCAUAGUUGUCACCUUGUUUGUCAAUUUUUGUCAUCAUGGAUUUGAAUAAUACUGCAUCAGGCUAUACUGACCGUGAACUUGAACAUUAUGCUGAUAUUAUCCGUCGUUCGGGAAAGUUCCAUCUUUAUUAUGUGGAAUCUAGCACACCAGCCCCUCCUACUUUGCCCAGGGAAACCUCUCAUACCCCUGAUAGAGAAUUUGCUGCUAGAUAUAGCACUGGUACCCCUUUACCAGGAACUGGUGCAUGUGGUACCAGCCAUCCCAGUAGGCAUUCUUUGUUUAAUACAGGUUCCAGGAGAGAGUCUUCAUGUACCCCUGCUGCCAGAUAUUCAUUUCCUAAACCUUAUGUGAAUACACACACUGUUGAUAAUAAUCCACUUCCUCCACCCCCUAUACCUUCUCCACCCAUACAGUAUUCUUUUUCUCACUCUAAUGGUUUACAGCAACCUGCUCAAUUUUCUUCUAGAGUACCUAAGUUGCCUGAGUUUUCUGGUGAGGAUCCUGAUGAUUGUGCUUUUGACUUAUGGAGGUAUGAGAUCAACUGUUUGAUCAGGAAUGCGGUGUAUCCUGAACAUAUUUUACUUGAAUCCAUCAGGAAGAGUCUGAAGGGUAAAGCCCGUACAGUUCUUUUACAUCUUGGAGAGGAUGCUUCUGUUCAGGAUAUUUUGUCUGAAUUGGAGGGUAUUUAUGGUAAUGUCUCCAGUGGUGAGAAGCUGAAGGAGAAGUUUUAUUGUGCUCAGCAACUACCUGCUGAAUCUAUUGCAGAUUAUAGCCUUAGAUUGGAACAGCUUUUGUCCAAGUCUAACAUUAGGUUUGAGCAGUCCACCAAGAAUGAGAUGUUAUGUAAUAGGUUGUGGUCUGGGUUGUAUGACCAACAUCUCAGAAGUGUAUCUAGGUAUAAGUUUGAAAGUAUCCAUGAUUAUGGAGUACUUAGGAAGGAGCUCAGACAGAUGGAACAGGACUUAGAAUUAAAUAAGAAGAGUCCAUCUUCUCUCACACUUCCAGUGAGUAAGGCUAAGUCCUCCCAUGUUCAAUCCCCUGAGGGUAAGAAAACUCCAGAUGUCAAGGUUGAACCUGCUUCCCUGUUAAUGUCAUCUGUUGAGAAUAAGAUUCUUCAACAGUUACAGGAUUUGACCAACCAGAUGAAGCAGCUGAAUUCCAGGGUUGGCACUGUUGAGAAGGAACUUCAGGGUUUGAAGAAGUCCAGAAACUACCAGGGUGGAUACCAAGAUAGGAGCAGAUGGAGUGAUAAGAGUAAGGAGCAGGGUCCAGCCAAAGAAACACCUAAGGCUAAUGACAAGUCUGUUGCAGAUAAGGUUCCAGAGAAUCCUUUAAACCGGAAGUGACCUUCUCAACAGGGCCAACAGGAGGUCAGCCAUUUUUUAAAGGCCCAUUUAUUGCACCUUUGGUAGGUCAUGCCAAUGAGGUUGAAGUUCUCAUUUGUGGCACUUCAUGUAAAGGUCUUCUUGAUUCCGGAAGCAUGGUUUCUUCUAUUAGUGAAUCUUUUUAUUCAUCUUUAGUUCCUAGACCAGAACUUCACAGCCUUACAGAUUUUAGUUUGGAUAUUUCCAGUGCUAAUGGUUCUUCCGUUCCUUACAUUGGUUAUAUUAUUGUUGAUAUUGGUAUACCAAAGGUUGAUUUUAACCCUGUUUCUGUGCCAUUGUUAGUGGUUCAGGAUACCAAGUAUUCUUUUUCAGUUCCUUUAAUUGUAGGUACCAAUGUUUUAAAUUUUCUUAAAACUUUGGCCCCUACCUGUCAGGUACCAGCUGAAUGGAGUGAUGUUUUUACUGUUUUAUCUUCUGUAAAUUGCCUUCCUGUCAGAAGUCUUAGUGAUAUCAGUGUUCAGAUCCCACCUUUUGAAACCAAAACUGUUAUUGGCAAGGUUCGCAAUGUUUGUAAUAUGUCUGAAGCUGUUACUGAGAAUAUUGACAAUAAUGUAUCAGUAUCUGUUUGUCCAAACCUUGUUCAUGUGAAACCUACAA